UGUGAGAGCGCCCUCUGCUGGUCUUCUUUAUAAAAGUGCUGCGACGCCUCGAUGCGCGUGCAGUCAGUGAGAGAGGAGCGUACUCUUCCUCCAGAGGAGCGCAGCGCUGAAAAACCAGUGGCCCCAGGGGGCAGGAAAAAAAAAAAAAAAAAAGAAAGAAAGAAAGAAAACAACAAUAGAAAAGAGAAAAAGAAAAAAACAGUCAGCGGCUUGUAGCACUUUGAAACGAGUUCUUUCACCUCUUUAAACAUGUUGGCAUAAAUCAGUCCAGGAAGUGUUCAUGGGGCAGGAGAAGAAAUGCGGACACAUCAAGUCUCAGUAGUUUGUUGGUCUGAACGCAGCGCAGACGGACCCUGACAAACUGCUUUCAUGGAUUGACUGACUGAGCUCAUUUGCUUUUUUUAAACCCCCCUUCCCCCAUCAAACAGUGGAUUUUUAAAAUUUAUUUUCAUUUUUAGUGCAGCAAUCCGAAAAGGAGUGAGUGUGGAUUUUAUUUUUUAUUUUAUUUUUUAAUUUUUUCUUAAACAACGUCGAGGAUUAUUUCCAGUUUUUUUCUUUUCUGUGGAGGAAUGCGUGCUGAUUUUUUUUUUCUUUUUUCCCUGUGGCUUAAAUGAGGAUAUUGAUUUGGUCCAGUUAAGACUUGUUCAAGAAUCAGGAGUAAAGAAGGGGAAUUAGCCCCCCUUUAAAAAAAAAAGAGGUGGAUAAUUUUAGUGUAAUAACUGGACCCCCGACUCAUCUGUGUUCCGCUGAGUCCAAUAUGAAGUCUGACACUGUGUGGAUGUGCGUUUUUCUUCUGCUCCUAGAUGAAGCCAGCUCCUGGGAUGACCCCUCAGUUUUGUUUGGACCCCUGGCCAGCGAGGCGCCAGGAUCUCAAAACACCGGGUCUAGAGCUGAGGAUCAGCCAGAGAGGGUGGACUGCAUCCAGGCGACUGAAAUGUGCAACCAGAACCCCUCCUGCAGCUCUCGGUACCGAGUGAUGCGCCAGUGCCUCGUGGGCAAGGAGAAAGAAGCCAUGCUGGAUAACAACAGAGACUGCCAGGCGGCCCUGGAAGUGCUGCUGGGGAGCCCUCUGUACGACUGCCGCUGCAAGAGGAGCAUGAAGAACGAGCUGCAGUGCCUACAGAACUACUGGGCCAUCCACAUGGGACUCAACGAAGGAAAUGCUAUUCAGGCUUUUGGUUAUGGGAUAGACGUCAUACCAGGCAAAAAUGGGACUGUCCCGAGCGCUUUGGCAACAUCUGCUGAUUGGACAGCAAGCUUCACAUAUCCCUCUGUCACUUUCCCAAAGAAUGUUGAACAAAGCAGUGGUGGCCUGGCCCGGGGAGAGGCUUGCUCCCUCUAUCUGUGUGCCAACGUCUUGGCUCUGCUUCCCAGCCCGGCUUUGGCUCUGAUCCUGGUUCAGCAUGUCUUGUAGAAGUGCCAGGAGGAGAAAGGAAAAAAAGAAAAAAAAGAGGUCAUGCAUCCACAAGCCGAUCCCAAAAGCAGAAGGUGUCAUUUCUGAGACUCAUAUGAAGAAGGUCGAAUCUCUGUUGACAGUUGACAUAAAUGACAUUUGUGAAGAGUGGAAGAACAAAAGGACAAGAGACAAGGGAAAUGUUGAAAUUUCACAUCUGUGACUUUGUUGUUUCGUGUGAUCUGUCUGCAGUUAUGAUGGAGAACGAGGCUUUGCAAAGGACGUUUGGUAGAAGAAAGCCAUGAGGCUCAUUCUCUGAGCAACUCUUCCUCUGAUUGAGAAACUGAAACCUGGAGGACUGAACAGCUACUAAAACUAAUCUCAUUCAAAGAGGAAGGGAAUUUAUGAAGAACAGUAUUGAAAGAUAACCUGAUUGACAAAAAAAAAGGGUGGUUGCAGAGAGAAAUCGAAGGAGCAUGAGGUAAAUAUUGCAGUGCGGAACAAAAAAAUGUUUUUUUAAUUGGGCCUUGGUUUAAUCUUCCCUUGGGUGAACAGACCACAGAUUCAUGGGUUGGAUGGAGGAUGAUUACAUUCUGUUUUUUCAGCACUAAUGUAAAGUCUAAAGACUGUAAAGCCUACUCAGUGUUCUAAGUGUUGGUUUAGUAUCUGUGACCAUAAUCAAUCUGCAGUACAGGUCUUUCAUUUGGUUGCUGCAACAUACUCUUUAAACCGAUGGCAAAAAGAACUAAAGCUGGAAAUGUUUAAUGCCAACGGCUCCUUGGUCAUUUAAGAUAUUGUUGUUGACUGUGGGUGUUCACCAUAUGUCCACCUGCACAUGUGUAUAAUCCAGUCUCCAUGUAUAUAAACACUCUUCUUUCAUGUAAUUCAAUUCUAUCUAGUACCUUGAAAGGACUUUAUUGUAUGCUAAGGUUGCUCAGUAACAGAACCAAUGGAAGGCCUUCAUUAUCUGCAUUUAUAUUUGUCUAUUAAAGUUUAAUCACAAAUGUAUAAAGUGAAGAGAUUAAAUGAGCUCAAUCUUUGAAAGCCA